AUGAAAGAACGGAAAAAAUAUGGAAAUAAUAUCCCGAGAAGUUUAUCAUCCAAAAUAAAUAAAAGUAAAGUUAUCCAGAAGAACAUAUGUUGUAAUUACAAAACGAUACAAAUGAUAGACAUAUAUGAGAAUAUGCCCGUUAACAGUUUGACCAUUGAACGCUCUCCAAUUAAGGAAAUAGUUUUGGCGAAUGAUGUCAUCGUUGUUCUGUUAAUUUCUGGAAUAUCUAGGGCUUACGAUGUGGCGAAUGGGAAAUUUUUGUGUGAAAUAAAUCCGAGCAGUUAUUCUGUGGUUCAUACGAUUGUACACAAUUCGUAUAACAACACCUUGAUCGUGGCGUACGCAUCUUUCCCCGCUCAUCUACAGUGUAAAGUGAUCAAUUGUUGUGACCUACGGAUAGGAAAAACGAACUCGUCCAAACUUGGCACCUUGUUCGAAAAGGUUAUCCUUAGUCACCCCGCGUUCUUUGAAUUCUGCGAAACAAACGGACGAAUAGGAGCUGCUAACCUGAACACCAACUCGUACACCUUUUGGGACAUGCGGACCUAUCAGCAGGUGUUUGAAAUAGAAGAAGAAUUUCAGGAAAUUAGAGUUUCUGACGGCUUGGUGGCCAUGUUUAAGCAACCCAUAAAUAACACCAUUCCUUUGGCCUUGUUUGACAUAGAAAAUGGAGAGAGGCUUGUCGAAACGACCAUAUCGAUUUUGCCAAGGAAGGAAAUGCAGUUUCUGGAACUCCUCAUUUCGAAAUUGUUGAUAAAGCAGGAAGGCUCCUCGCUCCGAAUUUACGACUUGUUGAAGAAGACCAGACAGAAAGUUAAAAACACGUACACGUUUCAGCCCACAGCUUUUGUGUUUUACGAUCACCCAUCCCCCAUAAAUGGAAAGGUGUACCACAACCAGAUAAGCAAAAAGUUCUUUACAAUAUCAUGGGACUUGAUAGAAUUUUGGGAGUUAGAUGCCAGUGUCCUGAAGAAGAUGUAUGCCAUUCAUGUCCCAGGUCUGAGAGAUCCUGACCUGUGCAACCAUAGCUUGAUGGCAGAGAUUCUGUGUCUAUACAGCUCUAGCAGAUUGCAGAGAAUAAGGCUGUGCGAAAGCUUUUUUAAUUACGCAGAUAGUUCAAACAUGAAGAGAGGGGAGGCACGCGACAUCGCCACGAGGAAUAUGCGCAUGAGUACCCGGGACAGAAGCGAAAUAUUUAAGACAAGAAUUCUAAAAAAUAACAUCCAAGAUGAAAAAUUGAAGAAUAAUAUAAGUGGUGAAAGUUUUGAUUUUGGUGCCCUUUUAUUUUUUUCGUUACGUGAUGGGGAAUUUCUCAAUUAUACUUCGGAGAGUGUCUGCGGGAAGUCUGUGGAGGUCCUUGCCUCGAAUAGCUCCAUGACGACUAUCAUAUGCGGGGACGAUAAAGGCUUCAUUCGAAUUUUAAGGAACUAUCCCAAAAUUAGCGAGCCGGAAAUAAAGACCGAAAAAAAGGUUAGGAAUUGUCCCGAAUGCGUGCGCGCAAGUUUGCUGAGGAUAUUUGGACUCCCCGAAGAAGAUCCAGAAAAAAUUUCACGCAUAAUUAAGAGAAAACAAAAUUGCCAACGACAGAAGGAUUCCGUGAAGAAGGCGAGGAUUGAGAAGCGCUCGGAUAAUUGCAGUAGGCACACGUGA